AUGAACUACUCGAGCUCCCCUUUCACGUGCAUGGUACAUGAAAAAGAAAGUGUGCAUCGGCCUCGUGAUAACGGUGGUGAUCAUUAUGGCGGCGAUUAUCUUGGGAAUACUUGUACUAAACGAUUCGUAACUCAACCCACAAAUAACACUGAACAUUCUCCAGAUUCUGUGACAACAGGUGAUUUUAAUGGUGAUAACAGAACUGAUUUGGCUGUUGCAAAUUUCGGUGAUAACACCGUUGGUAUAUUGCUCUCUAAUGGUGACGGAACAUUUCAGAGCCAAGUGACAUAUGGAACUGGGAAGGCUCCAUCUUCUGUGACAACAGGUGAUUUCGAUGGAGACGGCAGAACCGAUUUGGCCGCUGCAAAUAACGGUGAUAACACCGUCAGUAUAUUGCUGGCUAAUGGUGACGGAACAUUUCGAAAUCAAGUCACGUAUGGAACUGGGAAUUCUCCGUCUUCUGUGACAACAGGUGAUUUCAAUGGUGAUAACAGAACUGAUUUGGUUAUUGCAAAUUUCGCUGAUAAUACCGUUGGUAUAUUGCUCGCUAAUGGUGACGGAACAUUUCAAAGUCAAGUCACAUAUGAAAGUGGGAAUUCUCCAUCGUCUGUGACAACAGCUGAUUUUAAUGGUGAUAACAGAAUCGAUUUGGCUGUUGCAAAUAAUGGUGAUAACACCGUCAGUAUACUGCUUGCUAAUGGUGACGGAAUAUUUCACAGACAGGUGACAUUUCGAACUGGGAAUUCUCCAUCUUCUGUGACAACGGGUGAUUUCAAUGGUGAUAAAAGAACUGAUUUGGCUGUUGCAAAUUUCGCUGAUAACACCGUCAGUAUAUUGCUCGCUAAUGGUGACGGAACAUUUCGAAAUCAAGUCACGUAUGGAACUGGGCAUUUCCCAUCUUCUGUGACAACAGGUUAUUUCAAUGGCGAUAAAAGAUCUGAUUUGGCCGUUGCAAAUUUCGGUGAUAACACCGUCAGUAUAUUGCUCGCUAAUGCGGACGGAACAUUUCAAAGUCAAGUCACAUAUGGAACUGGGAAUUCUCCAUCUUCUGUAAUAAUAGGUGAUUUCAAUGGUGAUAACAGAACCGAUUUGGCUGUUGCAAAUAUUGGUGAAGCACAUAUAAAUAAUAAAUAUUGGUAUUGCGCGCUAAUAGUGACGAAACGUUUCACAGACGAGUGA